CGCGCCGCUCGCGUCUCUUCGGCCAUUUUCGCCUCCGACCCCGAAGGGGCCCGACGGCGCCGCGUAUCCAGCGCUGACUCCGAGCCGCGGCGGAGACCCGAUCAGCCAAUCCGGCUGCGCUCGGGCGCUUUCGGAAGGGAGGGGGAGGGGCGCCGAGGCUGGGCGGACCCGGGCUCGGGCGCGCUCGGCUCCGCUCGGAAGAGCUCGGCUCUCGCUCGCGGCGGGGCGGGCGGAGCCUGCGGCGCGAGGCUCCCCAGCCUAGGCCGCGCCGUGUCGGUGUUGGGCGAGCUUCGGGCCCACGGUCGGCCACCUUGUGGGCCGGGGACCGCGGCGGCCGCGGCCCCCUAGGCGCCAAGGAAGGCCAGCGCAGAGCCGCUCGGAAACGCUCGUGCGGCCUCGUACCAGUUCGGACGGCCUCGGCUCCGUACUUCGGGCCUCUUCGGGCCUCCUCGGUUCCGGACUGCUGGCCGUCGGCUGGGCUCGACUGGGCCCCUUCGUGCCGGUUCGGCCUCUUCUCGGACGGCCUCGGCUCGGCUCGGCUCGGCGCGCGGCUUCGGGCGGCCUCGGCUCGGCUGGGCUCGGCUCGGUUCGGGCGGCCUUCCUCGGGCGGCGCGCUUCGGGCUGCAUCCCGGCCUUCGGGCGGCCCCGGCCAGCGCCUUCGGGCGGGCUCGGCGGAGUCCGGAUGGAGGACUCGGACUCCGCCGCCAAGCAGCUGGGCCUGGCCGAGGCAGCGGCGGUGGCGGCCGCGGCCGCUGUGGCGGCGGCGGCCGCGGCCGCGGCGGGGAACGAGGCCGAGGAGUCGGUGCUCAGCAGGGACGAGGACUCGGAGGAGGACGGUGACUCGGAGGCGGAGCGCGAGACGCGGCGGGUGACAGCCGUGGCGGUGAUGGCCGCAGAGCCCAGGCACAUGGACAUGGGCACCGAGGCCCUUCCCGGCCCCGACGAGGCUGCUGCAGCCGCCGCCUUUGCAGAAGUGACCACGGUGACGGUGGCGAACGUGGGCGCCUCGGCGGACAACGUCUUCACCACGUCGGUGGCCAACGCCGCCUCGCUGUCGGGACACGUCCUGUCCGGCAGGACCGCCCUGCAGCUCGGAGACAGCCUGAACGCCGAGAAGGCCACGCUGAUCGUGGUGCACACGGACGGGAGCAUCGUGGAGACCGCGGGGCUGAAGGGGCCCGCCGCUCCACUCACCCCAGGCCCCCAGUCCCCGCCGGCGCCCCUGGCCCCCGGCCAAGAGAAGGCGGGCAGCAGGUACAACUGGGACCCGUCAGCCUACGACAGCGAGCUGCCCGUGCGCUGCCGCAACGUCAGUGGCACCCUGUACAAGAGCCGGCUGGGCUCCGGAGGCCGGGGCCGGUGCAUCAAGCAGGGGGAAAACUGGUACAGCCCCACGGAGUUCGAAGCCAUGGCGGGGAGAGCCAGCAGCAAGGACUGGAAGCGGAGCAUCCGCUACGCCGGCAGGCCGCUGCAGUGCCUCAUCCAGGACGGGAUCCUGAACCCUCACGCCGCCUCCUGCACCUGCGCCGCCUGCUGCGACGACAUGACCUUGAGCGGCCCCGUCCGGCUCUUCGUCCCCUACAAACGGCGCAAGAAGGAGAACGAGCUGCCCGCGGCCCCGGGGAAGAAGGAGGCCGCCAAGAACGUCACGCUGCUCCCGGCCACCGCCGCCACCACCUUUACUGUGACCCCCUCAGGACAGAUCACUACCUCUGGCGCACUGACCUUCGACCGGGCGUCCGCAGUGGAAGCCACCGCGGUCAUCUCGGAGAGUCCGGCGCAGGGCGAUGUCUUUGCGGGAGCCACAGUGCAGGAAGCAGGCGUGCAGCCGCCGUGCAGGGUCGGCCACGCGGAGCCCCACUACCCCGGCUUCCAGGACAGCUGCCAGGUCGCGCCCUUUCCGGAAGCUGCGCUGCCGACCGCUCACCCCAAAAUAGUGCUGACCUCCCUGCCGGCCCUGGCGGUCCCGCCCUCCAACCCCACCAAAGCCGUCUCCCCCUCGGUGGUCAACGGCCUGGAGAUGUCGGAGCCGCGGAGCUGGCUGUACCUGGAGGAGAUGGUCAACUCCUUGCUCAGCACAGCCCAGCAGCUGAAGACGCUGUUCGAACAAGCCAAGCAGGCCAGCUCCUACCGGGAGGCCGCCGCGGCCCAGGCCCGGGUGCAGGCGGACACCGAGCGGAAGGAGCAGUCCUGUGCCAACUGCGGCCGCGAGGCGCUGAGCGAGUGCACCGGCUGCCACAAAGUGAACUACUGCUCCACCUUCUGCCAGCGCAAGGACUGGAAGGACCACCAGCACGUGUGCGGCCAGGCGGCAGCCGUCACGGUGCAGGGGGACGAGGUCCACGUCGCCGAGAACGUGAUGGAGAAAGUCGCCGUGUGAGGGCCGCCGGGCCCCCUCGCUGCAGCGUGGCGGGGCCGUCGCCGGACCCGGACCCCCGGGGGCUGCGGGGACGCUGAGGAAGUGAAGAAACUUGCUGGCCAAGUUGUGGACAGACUGGAAGUGGCCUGCGCCCUGCAGAGCCGCCGCUGCCCGAGGCGAGAGGCGCAAGGCCCGAGGGAGGGGCGCCCCGAGGACAGGCCGCUGCACGGUGCUCUUUUAUCCUUGGAUCACGAGGGUCCGGCCUUACCCACGGGUGUGUUGUGUUUGUAACACGGGUGUACAUACGUGUGUCUCAAUAAAGUUGGUUUCCCUGCCCCA